AUGGCGGGCGAGCUGGGCGUGGGGCCGGGGGUGCUGGCGCUGCUGCUGCUCUGGGCCAUGGCGCUGCUGCUCGUGAUGGCGCUGGGCCGCGCCGGCCGGGCCCGGGUCGGCGCGGUGCCGGUGCUGCUCGGAGCCGCCGCGCUCACGGCCGCGCUGCUGCUGUUCCCCCGGGAGGGCGAGAGCCCGGGCCCCGCCGGCGCUGAGGAGGUUGUGGACACCUUCCUCAUCGGGCGCUUCAUCCUCCUGGCUGUGAUGAGCCUGGUGUUCCUGGGCUGCCUCUUCCUGUUCCUCAUCUACCACCUCAUGGAGCCUGUGUAUGCCAAGCCUCUCCACAGCAGAUAGAGACAGCAAAAAGGACAUCCUGAUACAUGGGAAUAAACCAGGGGCUGCUCUGGAGGUGACCCUGAUGUUCUUAGAGCCAGCAAAGCAAGAGAAGCCUUUGCUUCAUCUUAAAAAGCAAAGUUUGGUCUGAGCAUGAGCUCCUUCCUCCCCAGGGGUUCAAGCCUGUGCACCUGCAAAGGUGUGAGAGCCUCUGAAUGCUGCUCUCGUGUACAGAGAGCUGAGAUCCAGCACGUGGUGCUGCUCCUGGUUCAGUGCUGAACCGAGGUGGUUUGUUAUUGUUACCCACAAGAGAUGGGCAGAGCAAACAAACAAGCAAGUUACAAACAAGAGCAGUUUGUUACUGCUCCUUUUUCACUGUGCUUUAAUAAAACUCUUU